AUGGCUGAAGCACUCAAAGACCUCAUCGGUCUAUCUCAGACCGUGGAUCUGGACUACCUUGAGUAUCUUUCGGGACUUUCUCUCCAGUCAGCGCUCUCGUCCGAGCCUCAGACCCUCGCUCAGAGCUCACAGUCAAUGCUGCGUUCCAUACAGGCGCUGUCAAAGCGAUCCCGCAAAUUUAUGGUUGAAUCAGCAAUUGUCCAUGCUUCUCUACCAGAAACAAUACGCAUUUUCGACUUGAAAGCGCGCGAGCUCACCGCAGCUGUACCUCAACUCGACGCCGAAGCCGAACGCUUUUCCGCAUCACUCAGCAAAUCUAGCGGUAGCCGGAUCUUGACUCAACGAAAGGAGACACUGCAUCUUAUAGGGGCUUCAGAUCGCAUCGUGGACCUUCUGGAACUGCCAGCCCUUCUGCUGUCUGCUGUCAACGCCAAUCCUCUUGGGUACUCGAUGAGCCUGGAUUUGUACGGCCAUAUCCGACGGCUUUCGUUUCUUUAUCCGGAUUCAGAGCUCGUCAGGUCUGUCAAGUUACAGGCUGAUGAUUCAAUUCGUCAGCUCGCCAUAGAUCUUAUCAGUUCAUUGACGGCUUCCAAUCUGAAACUCGCGGUGGCGCUUCGUACCACGGGAUGGCUGAAGCGGGUUCUCCCUGAGCUGGUCCCAAGCGUCUCAGCAGAGGGCUCCUUGCCAGCUAUAUUCCUGAUAUGCCGUUUCUCGAAUCUCAUUACGACUCUAGAAGCAUUGAAUCCCUUGAGAGAGCUAGCGGAUGAAGAACGCAAGCGUCAGGUUAGCGCAGGUCAGUCCUGGUCCGGUGGACAGCAUACCGAGCGUUUCUUGAAGAGAUUCAUUGAGAUCUUCAGAGAACACAGUUUCAGCAUCAUAUCAAUAUCAAAAAACGUGGGCGGAGGCACAAGCUCUCAGCCUGGCUCGAGUUCCGACAGUUUCGACUCUUUUACUCCCAUCCUAUCUGCCUUCCCUGUGCGUCUUGUCGGCAUGCUGCUCGAAACAUUGCGCAUAUACCUGCCUAUAGUCCAAGAUCAAACAUCGCGAGAAAGCAUCUUAACGCAGGUUCUGUACUGUGCCGGUAGUUUGGGCAGACUCGGUGCCGAUUUUGGCAUGCUAAUUCCUUCAAUUGGCGUAGCUGAAUGGCUCGAUCUUGUUAAGCGACACCGAUUACUAGCUGGUCGCCUUGAAUCUGCUAUUGCAGACUACAAGGCACCAGCAACGUUUAUGGGCAUGUCGGCCUAG